AUGGCGUUGGACAACAGUUCUACAAUGAAAGAACUCCUACAGAAGCUUGAUAGCGAUCGAGAAGCAUAUCUGACGACUUUAACACAAGCUCAUGAGAUAUUAGCCCGGGCUCUAACAGCAUCGAACGUCUCCAGACCCAACUCCCCUCCGGCAUUAUCUCGCUCUCUGACAGACUCGACCUCACGACUGCAGAUACGGAAUACGGGAUUAACCUCCCUGUUUGAUGUUGACAACCCGCACAAAGGUUCGAUCUUCACAGGGGAGGAAAGUAGUGACAGCGAAGAUGAUGAGUCACUAUUUGUCCAAGAGACCCUUCCACCAGAGACUUUUUCCGAAGACAAGUUCCGUGGCCAUCUCAAACACCACGAUUGGGAUCAGUGGGCCAGCAAGAUGUUGGAGCCGGUUUUGCAGGACAGAGAUCUUCUGGAGGCCAGCAACUUGUUUCAAGACGAUGGUGUUGCGCAGGACGGGAAUGUCUCACAAAGCACGCAUGCCACUGUUUACGAGGUUGGAGCAGAUGGGGCCGCACUCUUGUACCGUCCAGAAUCUAAGGGGCUUUCGCAAUCCAUAUGGCAGAGUAUAAACAGCACCAACGCAGAUCCCAUGAAACAUCGUCUUGCUACAGGAAAGAUUACGAUUGUUAGGGAGCCCUCGCCGUUACUAUUUGGUGCUGUUCAUCUGACUAUGGACCCGCAUUUCGACAUGGACGAGAUUUUCAGACUCUUAUCAGAUGAAUCACCAACACGAGCAUAUAUGAAGGGCUGUUUUGACUCCGAGCCGACGCAGCAGAGAUCGUUCGUGUUCUGCUUCAAAUACUAUACCAUAGUCGACGUCGAGCGUGAGCCAAUGCCAUGGCAAACAAGUGAUAAAGAUCUACGAAAUACCAAGACACAUAUUCCAAUCAGCUCUUGCUCAUCAAUCGUCGGUCUGUCUCUAUCUGGGAAGCCAAGUACCACGCUCAAGAACCGUUCUCGAAGAGCAAAAGCUACCGUUGGCCACGUCUUCGAUCCAUUCGCGCCAUGGCGAGUUUUAUCCAUCCAAUGCUACCCUGAUUGGAAGAGCACGGUCGAUACUCACGACUCUAACCGUCACUACGUCAAUGGUCCGGAGGCCUUCCUGGUAACACUUCUUCAGGAGUACCGCGAUGCACAAAAACGCUUUUCAGAGAUCGCGCGCCGAGUCACAGAUCUGACAACCCCUCCACAUGACUUUAUGUUCAACCGUGAGACUAGAGAUAAUCUUCUGUUUGAGGACAACGAAUUCACGUACUCAAGACGAUAUUUUUGGGCCACUCAAACCCUCGCAGUUAUGAACGAUAAUAUUCAAGCCAUGAUAAAUGCAUAUAAGGACACCUUCACUGAAGAUGUCUGGACAGGCGAGCACAAAUACAUAUGGCCUGGUAAGAAAGACCAAUCCUCUCGGUAUGCGAACUGGCGGAAAAGAAUGGGGAAUCUGCGGAAGCUGUUCGAAGUCGAAAUCGAACAAUUAGAAAGAAUUCUCAACAUGAACGCUCAAGAGAUCAAGGACCUGAAAUCACUCCGAGAUCAGCUUUUUAGCGGUACGUCCGUGCGAGAAUCGAGAGAAGCUCUUAAGCAAGCCGAAAUUACAGUCCAGCAGAACCGGAACAUCAAGCUUUUGACGCUUGUGACCAUAUUCUUUCUCCCAUUGACCUUCGUUACUUCUGUAUUCGGGAUGACAAACCUCCCUUCAGAUGAGACCUUUUUACCAUUUGGUAUUGUCACGGCUGUGAUUUGUAUACCAACCUACGUAUUGAUUGGGAUAUUGAACUCACAUACAGGGCAGAGUUCUCUAUUAGCGCUCUACUCGAAGAUCAUGCAAACCAAGUCCAGCGAUAUGGUCACCACUGCGACCCGUCGUGUUAGAAGCGACAUCGGUACCACACCUGCAAAUCUACCACCAACGAGCCCAAGACGUCUGUCCCGUUCUCUUGCUACAUACGAAGGUCUCGCAACACGAUCCGCAUAUGUCUCCUCACAUCCCGCAGUUCUAGAAAGCAAAAAUCUCAAGAGAACGUAUUCGGAACCACUGCAGCAAUCUCCAGACCGAGCAAGUACAGUCAAGUUCAACCUUAGCACGUUUGAAACCAAUGCGCCAUUGACUGGGAGGAGCACCACGGCGUUGGAUCUGGCUGAGUCAGCUCCAAAUGCGAUACAACAAACGAACCCGGACCCGGGACCACGACCUGACGGUUUACAUCGCAGUAGGCCACUGCUUCGAGCUCUAUCGGAGAGGUUCGCUUGGAACGAGAAGAAGGAAUCGCCGGUGUGA